UUGGCUAAUAUUUCCCGACUGGAAAACAUGAAAUUCCCCAUAAGAAGCACAAAGAAGCUAUGUUUUUACGCGGCGUUGUUGGUGUCGCUUAUGAGCGACCUGGCAUUCGGAGCCUCGUUCUAUGGCGAUGGCUAUGUGCAGCUGAAGACAGUGGAGUCGUCGAACCGUAACUCCCUGCGUGUUCGCUUCCGUACCUCCAGCCCCCGCGGCCUGCUCUUCCUCGCUGCUGGCCACACAGACUACCUUCUAGUGGAGCUGGAGGCUGGUCACCUGCAGGUGAAGCUGGACCUGGGGUCCGGUGAGCGGUUGCUGAGAUCAGAGAGCAGCACCCAACUAAACGACCUGGCCUGGCACACUGCCGAGCUCCUCCACGACCGACAUAAUGUCACCCUAACUAUGGACCAGUACUCCCACACCAGCCUCAGGAUGCCUGGGCACGGGUCUCAGAAGCAGGAUCUUAUCAUCCAGGACGGGUUGUACGUCGGCGGGUCUGGAGGCCUGGACAAGCUCUACCUACCCAAUGACCUAACAGGAUUCAGGGGGUGCGUGGACCAGGCUGUUUUCAACGAGAACAAUAUGCUCUCGUCGUUGAGACCGUACGCUGGAUUCAAGAGUGUCUAUGAGGUUUCUUUGGGCUGUAGUCCGCAGUUCUUUGCCGGCGAGGAGGAUCCUGUUAGUUUCUUUAGUUCUAGAGCGUAUGUCUCCCUGCCACCCUGGAACGUCUCCCACAACCAGCAAGAGGCACUGUUUGAGUGUGUGGUUCACACCUCGGCCAAAGAGGGGAUUGUCUUGUACAACUCGGCCAGACAGGGAGACUUUGUGGCAGUUGAAGUCCAAGAGGGGCUGCUGGUGGCUAUCGUGGGUAAAGGAGGAACCAAGACAGAACUUAAAUCCCUCACCUUUGUCAAUGACAGGAACUGGCAUUCAGUGAAGAUGUUCUUUACCCCCAAAACCCUCCAGCUGACAGUGGACAAGGAGACGGUGAAGACUAGCAUCAGCUCUCGCUCCAAGGGACUCCAGCUAAGAGGGUCGCUGUUUGUAGGGGGCAUUGAUGACAGCACACGCUCAGAAGUCAGGAAGAUGGGUCUGGUGUCUGUGUUGGGAAAGAGAGUCCGAGGAGGUUCUUUUAAAGGCUGCCUGAAGGACAUUAAAGUCAAUGGGGUCAUGAUGGGUCUGCCUAAUGCUGUAGUCACUAAAGAUAUAUCGGUGGGCUGCGAGCCGGAGAAAGAACCAGAGCCCUCGACCACGAUGGGUCCAACUACUCUCCCGACUGUCCCCAACUCCCGGUUCGAUCCCACUUCGGUCACUCCCACCCCAGAAUUCCCUAUGUUCACUCUGGCCAGGGGGCUGGACAAGAAGUACGGAGACGACUUCGUGCUGCUCCGGAAUCUUGUAGUGUCAGAGGGUGGCCGUGGGUCUCUGGAGUCCAAGCACAUCAAGGUUCUCCUGGACUUCAAGAAGCUCGGGGUACGCCAGUCUCAGAUCAUGUUCCGGAUCCAGGAGCAGCCGGUGCACGGUCAGAUACGAUUGGAUGUGGACCAGGACCAAGAGGGGAACAUCUUCAGCAUGCUGGACCUGUGGCACGGCAGGGUGAUGUACAUCCACGGAGGAUCAGAGGACCCAGAAGACUUUUUCACCUUCUCUAUAUUCUCUUCCUCCAGGAAGGAGGUUCCCACAUACCUGCAGGGGACGAGAAGGUACCGCUACAACAUCACAGUGACCCCCACCAAUGACGCCCCAGAGCUCAGCUUGCCCCAGGGGAAUCUCUUCGUCCUGAUGGAGAAUUCUAGAAAACUCCUAACCAAAGAGGUGUUAAAGGCCACAGACAUUGAUAGCAACCACACCGAUCUGGUCUUCUCCAUCCUGGGGAACCUGAACCCUGACGCUGGUUACCUGGAGUUGGGAGAUAACCCCGACACCGCAGUGACCACGUUCUCACAUUCUGAUCUGGAGGAAGGGAAGGUGAACUAUGUCCACACUGGGGUGAGGAACUCCAGGAUCGUGCUGAGGGUCAGUGAUGGAGACAAGGUGAGCAACACGGUGGUUCUGAGGAUCAUGGCCGUAGGGUUGGAGUAUAAGAUCGCCAACAACACCGGGCUUGAGAUCACUCAAGGUGAGGUGGUUGUGAUCAGUAACAAGCAACUGGCCAUUCAGACCAAUGCCGUGAAUCAAGUGGUGGACAUCCGAUAUGAUGUCGUCAAGCCACCUCAGUAUGGGGAACUUCAGAGGCUUCACUCCAGCGGAGAAUGGAAGCCCACCGGUUCUUUCUCUCAAAGGCUGCUGGAGAAAGAACGUCUUCGGUACUUCAGCACUUUCCAAGAAAUCCAGACCGCUAAUGCUACGGAUUACUUCAAAUGCAAGGUCACUGUAGCAGGAAGAGUUGAUACUGAACUGGUCUUUCCAGUCACAGUGAAGUGGGUACAUUAUAACCUAGUCAGGAACGUUAUGGCCGAUAUUAAUAAAGUUCGGAAAGUGACGUUGGACUCACAGUAUCUUUACGCCGCAGUGGACGUUGUGACACUAUCCGAUGAUGAUCUUCACUUUAGAGUUCUCUCCUCGCCAAAGAAAGGACAACUUCUCCUUGUUAACGAGUUAUUGAAGAAAAAUUCUACUUUCAGCCAAAGAAAUGUCACUGAUCUAAAGGUUCAAUACGAACUGGUCGACAGACCAUACGAAGACACGAGCGACACGUUUAAAUUCCAAGUGUUCUCCAAGCAUGCUCAAUCGCAAAGUUACGAUUUCCAGAUCUCAAUAAAAGCUGACGUCAACAGCGUAUUUAUAAGAAAUUACAAACUAUCUAUAAUGGAGGGAGAGAGUAAACUCAUCACAAAAGACGAGCUGUUUGCAGAGACUCUUAGCACCAAGGAGCUGUACUACACCGUUACAAGUAGCCCCAAACAUGGGAAGCUAGCACGCAUCAACCUGUCCAACUCUAACGCCAGUUACAACAACAUCUUAAUGUUCAGCAACCAGGAUCUCUUGGAGGAGCGCGUCAUGUACAUACAUGACGACACAGAGACCACUCAGGAUCAGUUCACAUUCAUAGCCUCCACUAGUCAAGAGUCCAAAUCAUCCGUCACGAACGAUGAAGUCGGAUCCAAAGAAGGGACGUUCAACAUAUCCAUCGAGCUAGUUAAUGACGAAAAGCCGGUGCGCAUUGUCGAUAAAGUUUUCCACGUGGUGAGGGACGGGCAGCGGUUGCUCACCCUGGAUGAUCUCUGUUACCAUGACGCAGACUCGGACUUCAGCGACGCGCAGUUGGUCUACACGCGACGGGGAAUCCCGAUGGGAGACCUGGUUCUGGUGAACGACACCUCUCACAGGCUGUUCCAGUUCACCCAGAAGGAUCUGGAAGAGAAGAGAGUGCUGUUCCUCCAUCGAGGCGUGAGCUCCGGACGCUUUGUGCUCUUCGUGUCCGACGGGAAACACUUAGUCUCCACUCUGCUGGACGUCACCGCCCACGACCCAUUCCUGAGCCUCGGCAACAACACAGGUCUGUUGGUCCAGAAGGGAAAGGAAGUGUCCGUAACCACCGGUAACUUCAGCGUCCUCACGAACCUCAAUAUCCGCGAUGACAGCGAAGUCACCUACAAGGUGUCCGAGCCUCCUAAGAACGGCUGGCUGUAUCGCCACGGAAACAUCUCAGUGGAGUUUACACGGCACGACCUGAAGAAGGGCCUCGUCUCGUAUCGCCAUGACGACAGCAAGAACCUGGCGGACUGGUUCAGUGUGACGGUCGAGGUUAAAGGUCACGUCCUGAAUGCCAGAAUCAACGUCAAGGUUUACCUGGAGAGCCAUCAGAGGCCCCCUAUCCUCCAGCACAACAACACCUUACUGGUGGAGGAGAGCAAGCCUGUGAAGAUUGACCAGAGUAGACUAGAGGUGACCCACGAGGACAACCUGCCGUCUGAGAUUGUAUUUACAGUUAAGGUGGCCCCGCUACACGGGUUCCUGCGGUGCUUCGUGGAGGCUGAGGAGCAGUAUGUUGGAACUGAACAGAUCCCUGUCCAGACCUUCUCCCAGGAAGACAUCAACGCUGGCAACAUCCAGUACAUGCAGACCACCCCCAGCCAGGUCAACGACACAUUCCUAUUGGACGUCUCCAACGGUGUUACAGAGGUCAACAGUAUCAGGAUAUCAGUGGACAUAAUCCCCCGCCUCAUCCCUCUCCAGGUGUCCAAUUUCACCCUGAGAGAGGGCGAGUCCAAGGCCUUGACACAGGAAGUGCUCAGGGUCACCAACCGACACUUCUCUGGCCUCAACUUCCUGUACAGUUUGACCGAGCCGCCACAGAACGGAUACAUAGAACAUUCACGGUACCCCGGUGUUCCUGUGCUGUCUUUCACCAGACGCCAGGUGGAGCAGGAGUUAAUCUACUACAUCCAUGACAGCAGUGAGACGUUAGAAGACAACUUCACUGUGGUGGCCAACGACACAGGCCUGAGGAAACAGAGCUCUCCCUGUACCGUGUACAUCCAGGUCACAGCCGUCAACGACCAGCAUCCAGUCAUUACUGCCAACAGGGUUCUCAGGGUGUGGGUGGGGUCUGUCACAGAGAUCCGCUCUGAGGACCUGGAUGCCAAGGAUGAGGACACGCCCCCUGAGGAGCUGCAGGUGAUAGUGACUCCGCCCUCUAAUGGCCACCUGGCGCUGAAGAGCGACCUCACCAGGCCCCUCUUGAACUUCACCCUGCAGCACAUCCAUCUGGGACAGCUGCUGUUCGUCCACAGUGGUGCCAUGUCUGGAGGGUUCAACUUCCAGGUGAACGACGGCGUGAACUUUGCCCCCCGACAGAUCUUCAGCAUCACAGCCAGCGCCCUGGUCCUCAGCCUGGAGAUUAACAGACCUCUCAAGGUGUUCCCAGGCUCCACUACACCAAUCACCAAGGAGGACCUGCAGGCGGUGACCAAUGACAAGAGCGACACAUCCAACCGCACCAUUACCUUCAACGUGAUUCGUCGACCAAAACUAGGCAGACUGGUGACAGUGCUGGCUGAUAAUUUCACUGUUGACGUCUCCUCCUUCACACAGACAAUGGUGGACCAGCGGGAGAUUCUGUACAUCCAGAGUCUUGUGGCGUCGGUUGGCUGGUCCGCCAUGGACUCCAUGACCUUCUCGGUGUCCUCACCUCCAGCUUCCCUGGAGAACGAGACCUUCGAGAUGGACAUCUCCUACGAGAACGCUGGACACGACCGAAAGACUCUGCUCCUCGCUAACACAGGUGCUGUGGUGACUGAGGGUGACCGCAUCGUCAUCGACAAGUCCAAGCUGGAUGCGUCUAACCUUAUGUCCAAGCUGCCCACACCCCAGCGCAGCUCUCACGAGAUCUGGUUCCAGGUAAAGUCUCUACCCCAGCACGGGGUCAUUGUGGUGGGAGAGAGGAACCUCACCGUGGAGAAACCCAACUUCUCCCAGUACAUCCUAAACAAGUAUGGCAUUACAUACCGGCAUGACGACUCCGAGACGCUCCACGACCGCUUUGUCUUCGACACCUGGCUGAACCCCAAGGGUAAGCCGGCCCAGCGCCCUUUGGACGACAGCCAGGUUCUGGAGGAGUGGUUCAACAUCACGGUGAUCCCAGUCAACGACCAGCCGCCCGUUCUGAAGACCAAAGCCCCUAGUCUGAGCGUAGUGCAAGGGGACACAGUGGCCCUGGGGCCGGAGAACCUCAAUGUGGAAGACUUGGACAACCCUUCAGAGGACAUCCAGUACAUCGUCAUCAGCAAGCCCAACAACGGCUAUCUGGCCCUGGGAGGAAGCCUUAACGAGUCUGUGGUGGCCUUCACUCAGGCUCAGAUCAACAGUGGGGAGGUGUACUUUGUCCAUGAUGGAAGCCGGGCUUCUGGGGUGUUUUAUUUUAGUGUUUCCGAUGGCCAUCACAAACCGGUCUAUAAGCUCUUCAACCUCGAGGUGACCGAGAUCACCAUCUCCCUUAUCAACAACACUGGGCUGGCUCUGGAGCAGGGACAGACGUCUGUGGUUUUAACCCAGGAGAAUCUGGUGGCAGAGACCAACGGAAAAAACACAACGGUUCACUACCGGAUCACCGCCGCGCCACGGUAUGGCAAGAUCCUUCGGCUGGAUGACCAGGAGGUCAGCCAGUUUGAGCAGGAGGACUUAAGGACGGGUAGCUUGUUUUAUCACAUGGUGACCCUCACGUCUGGUCAGGAUAGCUUUGAGUUCACCGCAUUUACAUCGGAAGCUAACCUGACAAACCAGGUUGUCAACAUCACGGUUAAGCCCCUGGUCAGGUUUGGCGAGGGGGUGAGAAUACCCAAUGGCAUCGUGGUCAAACUCAACACUGGUUUCCUCAACGCGACGGAGCUGGCUUCUCUAUCCGCCAGCGACCCUUUCUUCGAGGUUGUCUCUCAUCCAAAGUAUGGAAAGCUGGUCCGAGGAAAACCCAAAGCUGGUAAGAAAACCGAGCCACUGGAGUCAUUCUCCUUUCAGGAUGUGAAGCAGGAGAGGCUAUCCUUCGAGCUCAACGCUAACAUGACUGGAGUGCAGGAGCUGAACGACUCUUUGGUGUUCAUUCUGAAAGCGGCGAACGUCCCACCUGCCAGGGGAGAGUUCCGGUUCACUGUCGUUCCGUAUGAUCCAUCGCUAGUCCUAACCACCAACAGUCCCAUCCUAACCACCAGCAGUCCUUUCUCUCAGCCUCUGAACCAAACGACAGUGUUUGGUGUUGGGACGGCACUACCCUCCCUGUCCACCUCCCUCCUUUCCACACAGAGACCCAGCAAGACCCACCAGAAGUUCAAAGGUCGCAACCGCUGGGGGAUCACCAACCGGAACGACUCGGCAGGUACAGAUACUACUCUGGGCAAGCCCACUCUGAGUAAAGGAGACGGCAAUGAGAUUCCCUUUGUGAAUACACCGGUCCGUGUAGAGUCAUACCCUCAGAAGACCUCCAACCUGAUAUUGGUGAUCCUACCUCUCCUGGCCAUGCUCUUAUUGGUCAUAAUCCUGGUGGUGCUGGUUCUGCUGCUGCGACGCAACAGGAAGAGGAAACAGAAACCUGUCACCCCGAAGCCGCCACCCUCACCCUCAACCCCACCGGCCUAUAACGGCCAGUCCCAGAGGAGCGCGGCUGUUCCCACGGUAACUGUGACCCCAAUGAGCCCCAGUAGCCCUGCCCUGGACAGGCUGUUUCCUUCAGCCAAUCAGGGCUUAGUUAGCAACUCCACAUCACUGCCACUUUGCUCGUGGAACGGUGUAGAUCCAGAGAGUUCAGCCCAGCUCAUUAGGACCACGCCCCCCACUCUACAGCAGAACCAAUACUGGGUAUGACUCUGUAGCUGCUGCCACCUAGGGGUGGAAUGUGGAAGUGGACUGUUUACCCUGUACACUAACAUCCAUUCCUAACACCCCCACCAACCCCACUCAUCGUUACACUGUAAACCAUGAUACUACUGUACUAUUUGUUUUGUGAUAUCAUCAAAGCAUUUUCUACUGAAGCUAAGCACAAUCAGCACUGGGAAUGACAACAACUACCCCCACUUUGCAACCUAAUAAGGAGCUGGUAGCCAUGACAACCACUAUCCCCACUUUGCAACCUAAUAAGGAGCUGGUAGCCCAUGACAACCACUACCCCAACUUUACAACCUAAUUAGGAGCUGGUAGCCCAUGACAACCACUACCCCAACUUUACAACCUAAUAAGGAGCUGGUAGCCUAUGACAACCACUACCCCCACUUUGCAACCUAAUAAGGAGCUGGUAGCCCAUGACAACCACUACCCCCACUUUACUACCUAAUAAGGAGCUGGUAGCCCAUGACAACCACUACCCCCACUUUGCAACCUAAUAAGGAGCUGGUAGCCCAUGACAACCACUACCCCCACUUUGCAACCUAAUAAGGAGCUGGUAGCCCAUGACAACCACUACCCCAACUUUACAACCUAAUUAGGAGCUGGUAGGCCAUGACAACCACUACCCCCACUUUACAACCUAAUAAGGAGCUGGUAGCCCAUGACAACCACUACCCCCACUUUACAACCUAAUUAGGAGCUGGUAGCCCAUGACAACCACUACCCCCACUUUACAACCUAAUUAGGAGCUGGUAGCCCAUGACAACCACUACCCCCACUUUGCAACCUAAUAAGGAGCUGGUAGCCCAUGACAACCACUACCCCCACUGUACAACCUAAUUAGGAGCUGGUAGCCCAUGACAACCACUACCCCCACUUUGCAAACUAAUAAGGAGCUGGUAGCCCAUGACAACCACUACCCCCACUUUGCAACCUAAUAAGGAGCUGGUAGCCCAUGACAACCACUACCCCCACUUUGCAACCUAAUAAGGAGCUGGUAGCCCAUGACAACCACUACCCCCACUUUGCAACCUAAUAAGGAGCUGGUAGCCCAUGACAACCACUACCCCCACUUUGCAACCUAAUAAGGAGCUGGUAGCUUAUGACAACCACUACCCCCACUUUGCAACCUAAUAAGGAGCUGGUAGCCCAUGACAACCACUACCCCCACUUUGCAACCUAAUAAGGAGCUGGUAGCCCAUGACAACCACUACCCUCACUUUACAACCUAAUUAGGAGCUGGUAGGCCAUGACAACCACUACCCCCACUUUACAACCUAAUAAGGAGCUGGUAGCCCAUGACAACCACUACCCCCACUUUACAACCUAAUUAGGAGCUGGUAGCCCAUGACAACCACUACCCCCACUUUACAACCUAAUUAGGAGCUGGUAGCCCAUGACAACCACUACCCCCACUUUGCAACCUAAUAAGGAGCUGGUAGCCCAUGACAACCACUACCCCCACUGUACAACCUAAUUAGGAGCUGGUAGCCCAUGACAACCACUACCCCCACUUUGCAAACUAAUAAGGAGCUGGUAGCCCAUGACAACCACUACCCCCACUUUGCAACCUAAUAAGGAGCUGGUAGCCCAUGACAACCACUACCCCCACUUUGCAACCUAAUAAGGAGCUGGUAGCCCAUGACAACCACUACCCCCACUUUGCAACCUAAUAAGGAGCUGGUAGCCCAUGACAACCACUACCCCCACUUUGCAACCUAAUAAGGAGCUGGUAGCUUAUGACAACCACUACCCCCACUUUGCAACCUAAUAAGGAGCUGGUAGCCCAUGACAACCACUACCCCCACUUUGCAACCUAAUAAGGAGCUGGUAGCCCAUGACAACCACUACCCUCACUUUGCAACCUAAUAAGGAGCUGGUAGCCUAUAACAACCACUACCCCCACUUUAAAACAUAAUAAGGAGCUGGUAGCCCAUGACAACCACUACCCCCACUUUGCAACCUAAUAAGGAGCUGGUAGCCCAUGACAACCACUAUCCCCACUUUGCAACCUAAUAAGGAGCUGGUAGCCCAUGACAACCACUACCCCCACUUUACAACCUAAUUAGGAGCUGGUAGCCCAUGACAACCACUACCCCCACUUUGCAACCUAAUAAGGAGCUGGUAGCCCAUGACAACCACUACCCCCACUUUACAACCUAAUUAGGAGCUGGUAGCCCAUGACAACCACUACCCCCACUUUGCAAACUAAUAAGGAGCUGGUAGCCCAUGACAACCACUACCCCCACUUUGCAACCUAAUAAGGAGCUGGUAGCCCAUGACAACCACUACCCCCACUUUGCAACCUAAUAAGGAGCUGGUAGCCCAUGACAACCACUACCCCCACUUUGCAACCUAAUAAGGAGCUGGUAGCCCAUGACAACCACUACCCCCACUUUGCAACCUAAUAAGGAGCUGGUAGCUUAUGACAACCACUACCCCCACUUUGCAACCUAAUAAGGAGCUGGUAGCCCAUGACAACCACUACCCCCACUUUGCAACCUAAUAAGGAGCUGGUAGCCUAUGACAACUACUACCCCCACUUUGCAACCUAAUAAGGAGCUGGUAGCCUAUAACAACCACUACCCCCACUUUAAAACAUAAUAAGGAGCUGGUAGCCUAUGACAACCACUAUCCCCACUUUACAACCUAUUAAGGAGCUGGUAGCCCAUGACAACCACUACCCCCACUUUGCAACCUAAUAAGGAGCUGGUAGCCUAUGACAACCACUAUCCCCACUUUGCAACCUAAUAAGGAGCUGGUAGCCCAUGACAACCACUACCCCCACUUUACAACCUAAUAAGGAGCUGGUAGCCCAUGACAACCACUAUCCCCACUUUGCAACCUAAUUAGGAGCUGGUAGCCUAUGACAACCACUACCCCCACUUUGCAACCUAAUUAGGAUUUGGUAGCCUAUGACAACCACUACCCCCACUUUGCAAACUAAUAAGGAGCUGGUAGCCCAUGACAACCACUACCCCCACUUUGCAACCUAAUAAGGAGCUGGUAGCCCAUGACAACCACUACCCCCACUUUGCAACCUAAUAAGGAGCUGGUAGCCCAUGACAACCACUACCCCCACUUUGCAACCUAAUAAGGAGCUGGUAGCCCAUGACAACCACUACCCCCACUUUGCAACCUAAUAAGGAGCUGGUAGCUUAUGACAACCACUACCCCCACUUUGCAACCUAAUAAGGAGCUGGUAGCCCAUGACAACCACUACCCCCACUUUGCAACCUAAUAAGGAGCUGGUAGCCCAUGACAACCACUACCCCCACUUUGCAACCUAAUAAGGAGCUGGUAGCCCAUGACAACCACUACCCCCACUUUGCAACCUAAUAAGGAGCUGGUAGCUUAUGACAACCACUACCCCCACUUUGCAACCUAAUAAGGAGCUGGUAGCCCAUGACAACCACUACCCCCACUUUGCAACCUAAUAAGGAGCUGGUAGCCCAUGACAACCACUACCCUCACUUUGCAACCUAAUAAGGAGCUGGUAGCCUAUAACAACCACUACCCCCACUUUAAAACAUAAUAAGGAGCUGGUAGCCCAUGACAACCACUACCCCCACUUUGCAACCUAAUAAGGAGCUGGUAGCCCAUGACAACCACUAUCCCCACUUUGCAACCUAAUAAGGAGCUGGUAGCCUAUGACAACCACU